AGAUGUACGUGAGCAAGCAAUGCGUGGUGCGGACCAACAAGGUAGCGCCUGUCAUCAUCAAAGAUUGCAGAGAGGAGUUCCAGCAGAUUCCAGACUUCAACGAGCCUAUCGUUAAAGGGAGGUUUGCAGAUGGCAUGUUGGAGCACCCCCUCAUCAAGGGCAAAUACUUCAUCGUACAGGACUCUAACGACACUUUGGACCUGCUACAUACAAACAAACACAUGUCCGCACCAAACUUCUACCAAGCCGGGGGCGAUCAGCCGGUGUUUGCGUCAGGUCAACCAACGGUCAAUGGGCUGAACGUUGUGCUCUCUCAGCUGGUUUCCGACGGCUAUUCGGAAGUGUUGGUGCUGAAUUUGCGCAGCGAGCCAGUCCUGUUCCAGAGAGUCGACAAUGAUUACGUCCCUUACUCAGUGCGUCACAAGGAACGGAUACACAACAUGGUUGUCAUGGGCAACACGCGGGACAGCUGUGACCAGAUCGAAUCUUGCAUCAGGAAAGAGGUUGUCUCCCUAGCGAGCAUGGAGGAUGAGUUUGUCUUCUACUUCUACGACAGCCUGAACAAACUGCAGCAGGAGCCGCACAUGCGCAAAGUGGAGUACGUGGAGGACGUCCUGCUGUCAGCUGAGGUCUACUCCAGGGAGGCUUUCGCAAAUCAAGUGCUCCGGUAUGACCGCAUCUGUCUGCCAGAGCUAGGCAUUCCUACGGAGGAGAUGGUCGACCAGUAUUUAUCCCAUUUUAAGGAAAGACCCAAAUUCCUGGACCGAAACAGCCGCUACUUCCCAGCCAUAUAUCUCAUCUCCCACUCCGGGGGUCGGAGAUCCGCUGUGUUCAUGGUCAUGAGCUGCCUGCUGUAUGCGCACAAGAGAGGAACCUUGAAGGAGUCAUGUGCCUACAAAAUAAACAGCCAGCGCCCAAACUACGUGGAGGGUGAGUACAAAGCGGUACAACGCCUGGUGGCUCACCUCAAGGACGGACACCUCAUCAAGCAACAGGUGGACACGGUGAUCGACCAGUGCUCAAAUGUGAUCAACCUCCGCAAGUGUAUCGCCGACCACAAGAAGAAACUGGAGUCUCUUGCCUCCAACAACGCUGCACAUAUGUCGGACAAUCUGACAUGGUCCUACAGCAAAUGGCUUCACAGAAACCCGGAGAUCACUCAGCUGUGCUGUGAGCUGGACCUGUCCGAGUCGUGUGCCCCUACGUCACUGCUCAGCUCCCAGCUGAGAUACUUGGUAGCGGACGACUACAUUGGGCUGGACGUACUGAGCUCUCACAUGGAUGUGAAGGUCUCCAACUUCCGGCGCCUCAUGGGGCUCCCCGUCUUUGGCAUGGCUCAGCCAACUCGGAAUGGCUUGUCCAAAGUGGUCAACCAUCUCCUCCAGCAUAAACAAGGCUACAGUGACGUAGUUGUGGUCAACCUCCGAUCUGACUACGUGCUGGAGUGUGAUGACGUCACGUACUGCGUCAGAGACGCGUCAUUCAUCGCUGAGCCAGUGUCCUCAGUGGGCUCGUCUGGAAAAGAACUGGAAGAAGCAGAGCUUGCUAUCAGAAAGGAAAUUAAGGGAAAAAAGACGUGGAAGACUGCUCUUCUAUCACAUGACGGGAUUUCCUUACGGAGCCAACCCUGAUGAACAGGAACGAGUGAGCUGCCCCAACGCGAGGUACACGAAGGGAGAAUUUUUGGCUCGAUCAAGCACGGGUGAGAGUCAACAGCUGCUGCACAAACUGAGCUACGAUUUCCUCGAGAGGUACCUCUAUCUCAUCCUCUACAACGCCUACUUGCACAUGGAAAAGGGGACACAGUUCAAAAGGUCUUUCACACAGUGGAUGCGUGAGGUGGCAGCACCAGCAGGAGUCUAUGAGCUGCUGGACAAUCUCGGUUUCUUCACACUGGAGAGUUCAGUAUCUGUGUACAGUCGACGCAAAAAUCGAAUGUUGGGUCGACAGCAAAAGUUGCCUUUCACAGGAUCGUUUAUCUGAUGUUCUGUUUGAUCAUGAUAUUAUUGCUCUUAUCGUGGGAAAUGUUACAUGUUUAUUGUUGUUAUUUUGUUUUUGUUUUUUUUAAUUAUUUUUUUUUCAUAAACCAGCAUUUUCACACGUCAGGGUUUGUAUAAUCACGUGAAGUUUAAAUUGUUCAACUCACAUGAUCUUCUCAUAAUGUUUGUGGCCCCCAGCGUCAAUUUUAAGUGGGUGGUGUUGAGAACAGAAUGACUGUCUGCUACUCAUAUAUUGGAGAUGUCGUUCUGCCCAGUCCUUUCUUUCCUGCUGCAAAAGCUACUGUUGGGGCCUACUUAUAAUGUCGGUGUGCUUGUCCUCUAAAAAUGUACAGAAAAAAGGGAAGACGUGGAAUAUUAUAAAGAAGCUAGCCCAGGGUUCGUUUCUGACCUAUGCCCAAAUGCAGGAUGAGAGAGGCAGGCACUGAUGAUGAUUAAGUCCUCUACAAUGGUUGUCCUUUGAAAUAACCUCCACACCUCUUUCCUCCCUUACCUUGGAGAAGUAUUACUGCCAGGGUGUAAUUUCAUGCGAGUCUUAGUAUUAACAAAUUCAUUUCUCCCUGAAUGUGACAUCAUCUAUCUCUCUACCCUCCCUCCCCCUCCCCCCCCCCCUCUCUCUCUCUCUCUCUCUCUCUCUCUCUCUCUCUCUGUGUGUGUUUAGAGCAUAGAGUCUCUGUUUCUGUAGGCUACAAAACUGUAAUCAAUAAUAAUACUGUCAUACUCCUCCUGCUGCUGACUUCUUUGUGUUUUUGACAACAAUGCUCUUCAUAAUAUAAUGCUUUAUAUUAUUAUUAUCCUUGUCCAAAUUUCUCAUUGUACAGAUACGGCUGUACGUAUUGCAUCUUAUUACAUAAGUACUUAUAA